AUCCCGGACGCGGAGGGGGUAGGACGGCCAGAGCAGGGAGGGGAGUGGGGCGCGGGCGCGACGUCCCGUGGCGAGGCGAGAGACGCGCGAGGCUCCAGCCGCCGGCGCGCCGCGAGUGUGUGUGUGAGCGUGCGUGUGUGUGUGCGACACUCAGGACUUAACUACUGCAGCCCUACCGCCCUGCCCCGUUACACAGGCUUGCCGCGCUGGUCUCCGAUUCAACGCGCGUCCGACAACGCCGAGCAGGAGAAGCAGAAGGAAGCAGCAGCCGAGGCGGGCCAAGGGCGUCGCCAAGGCUGCCCUGCGCGGGGCCCUUAGUCCGGGACGGCGCCGCCAUGCCUCCGGGGUCCCCGGGACGGCGGCGACGGCGGGGCCCGGGCCCCUGACGGCCCCUGCCGGGCCCCCUCGCCCCGGACGGCGCCCGUGACGGCCGCGCUGGGCCCAUGGCAGCCGCCCCGGCCGCCGCAGCAGCCCGGUGUGCAGCGGCAGGCCGGGCGGCAGGCCCUGCGCCGUGGCUGCUGCUGCUGCUCGUCGCCCUCCUGGCCGUGGUCGGGCGCUGCCGCGCGGGGGCGCCACCCGCACCGCCCGCACCGCCGCAGACCGACAUGGUGGUGUUCGUCAAGGAGCAGUGCGACCAGCCGUCCCUGGACAUGGCCGCGCUGCGCCGGCUGGUCGAGGAGCGCGCCCGGGGCCAGCAGCUGCGCGUCAAGUUCGUGCCGAGAGCAGAGCUGUGCGGCGAGCAGGAACUGUCCGCGCUGCUGUCCGCGCUGUCCGCCGGCUCGACGCGCGCCGUGGUGGGCUCCUUCGAGGCGGCCGUCUGCGGCGUCCUCGACCUGCUCGCCAACAUGCAUCGCACCAAGAUGAUCAUCACCUGGGGCUGCCCACAGCAGGAGCUGCUGGCCGGCGUGGGGGACGCGGCCCGCCCCGGGUCCCCUCCCGGGUCCAGGGGCCCCGGCGUGGCCAGGCUGCUGCCGCCGCUCGCCGCCACGGUGCAGGGCGCCGUGCGCGUCGUCACCCACUACCGCCUGAGGACGGCGGCCAUCAUCAGCAGCGGCUCCGGGUGGUGGCAGUUGGCGGCUCAGGCCCUUGACCUGGCCCUCCAGGCCGCCGAUGUCGAGGUGCGCCACCGCGUGAUGAUCCCCACGGACCAGGACGCCGACGACAGCCUCCAGGACGCCUUGCGGCCGCUGCUGGCAGACCCCGUGCGAGUGGUGGUGCUGUGCGUGCCGAUGCGCACGUCGCUGUGGGCGCGCGUGGUGGGCGCCGCCGACAGGCUGGCCCUGGUCGGGCUGCCCUCCACGGCGCUGCUCGCGCUGCACCCGACCUCGGCGACGCCCUUCAUGGCGCACGACCCGGCCUCGCGGCCCGCGCCGGCGGCCCCUCCAACCUCGCCGCCCAACGCGCCGGCAGCGCCGUCGCCCGCACCACCAGCGGCAGCCCCGGCCUCCAGACUACCCUUGCGAAACGACACGGCCUCUACACCACCCAUCGUGACGUCCGCGACGCAACCCGGCUCCAGGACGACGCCGUCGGCAAGGACCGCGACGGCGGCGGGGCCUUCGACGGCAAGCGCGAGGACCACGACGCCCGCGUCUGCUUCCGUGCCGGCGUACGUCAUCACACACCGCCCGACCGGGUCGGGGCGCGGCAGGUCCGGCUCGCUGCUGCCGAUGUUCCUGCCGAGCGCGUCGUGGCGCCCCGAGACCCAGUCCGGGAUGCUGGUCCUCACCGCGCUGGACCCGGACCUGAGGGCGGAGGACGCGUUCCUGCACUCUGAGGGCUGCCCCGAGCGCGACCUGGCGUGCCCGCGGCUGGAGGAGCACCUGGAGCUGUGGCACUACCUGCAGCGCAGCUGGGACCUGCUGGCAGGGCCCCCGGCCGCGCCCGCGCCCGCGCCGCGCCUCAACCGCAGCUCGACCUGGGAGGCCACGCUCGUGCUGCUGGACUGGGUGCUGGGGCCGGCGGGGCCCGGGGCCCUCGACGGCGCCUCGGCGGAGGGCGGCGCGCGCUGGCGGCCCCUGCUCGAGGUGCGCGUCGGCGGGGGCGCCGUGUCCAGGAACGCGUCCAAGACCAGCGUGCGCGCGCUCACGCCCCGCGCCUGGCCGCGCUGGAAGAACAUCCUGAGCGCGGGCACGGCGCUGCACACGAUCGAAGGCGCCUGCGACGCAGACGAUGACGAUGGCAUUGGCUGUGAAGACGACUCGAACUUAUUCAGCGGGGGCGUGCAGUUGGCGGUGCUGGUCGCCGCCAUCGCGUUUGUCCUGCUCGUUGUUCUGGUGAUGGCUACCGUCAUCAGGCAACAGCUGCUGCGGAAGAGAAUGUCCAAGGGACCUUGCAAGAUUCUCCUCACUCCUAGCGACCUGGUGUUUCCUCAGCUGCCCGACGCGCGAAGAGUGGACGAGGGCAUGGAGGCCAUGCUGUGCUGCUGGCUGCAGCAGCUGCAGGAGUUUGGCGGCCCAGAGGUGGACAAGCCCGACCUGUUGAAAGGGUCCGUGGGCUCGCUCAAGUCCCUGCACCCGCCACCAGGCCAAGGCAAGAGCCCCGGGUCAUCGGGGUCGCUCGCCAGGGCCACGAACAACAUCAUCGUGGACCCCAAAGCACGCUACAAUGGAGACUUGGUCCACCUCAAGGAGCUCCCCACCUCGGGCACCUUCGAGCUCAAGACCAAGGCCAUGGACAUCCUACUGACGCUCCACGGCCUGCGGCACGAGAACCUGAACCCGCUGCUGGGCUGCCUGCUGGACUCGGUGCGGCCCUCGCUCGUCAUGGAGUGGUGCAGCCGCGGGUCGCUGGAGGACGUGCUGGUGCAGGACGAGAUCAAGCUGGACUGGUCCUUCCGCCUGUCGCUGCUCACGGACCUGGUCCGCGGCAUGAAGUACCUGCACUCGACGCCGGUGCGCGUCCACGGCCGCCUCACGUCGCGCAACUGCGUCAUCGACGCUCGCUGGGUGCUCAAGGUGACCGACUACGGGCUGCCGAGCUUCUACGAGACGCAGGGCAUGGUGCCGGCGCCGCAGACUGCGAGAGACCUGCUCUGGACGGCGCCGGAGCUGCUCCGGGACGAGAACCUCCGCCGGCGGGGGACGCAGCCCGGGGACGUGUACUCGUUCAGCAUCGUGAUGCAGGAGGUGGUGCUGCGCGGGGAGCCGUUCUGCAUCCUGCAGCUCAAGCCGGAGGAGAUCAUCGAGAAGCUGAAGCGACCGCCGCCACUGAUCCGGCCGUCGGUGAGCAAGGGGGCGGCGCCCCCGGAGGCCAUCAACAUCAUGCGCCAGUGCUGGGCCGAGCUGCCCGACUCGCGGCCAGACUUCAACGCCGUGCACGACCAGUUCAAAACGCUGAACCACGGGAGGAAGGUCAACUUCGUCGACACCAUGUUCCAGCUCCUCGAGAAGUACAGCAACAACCUGGAGGAGCUGAUUCGCGAGCGGACCGAGCAGCUGGACUGCGAGAAGAAGAAGACUGAGCAGCUUCUCAACAGGAUGUUGCCGAGUUACAAGUACACCGUUUAUGCCUCCUUUUGA